GAGGCGGGGGCGGGGCCGCCGGCGCGCACGGUGCGUCACGGCCCGCGCGCCCCGCCGCCGCCGUCGCCAUGAUGCUCCGCCGGCUGUCCCUCGCCCCCGCCCCGCCGGGCCGGCUGCGCCCCCGCCCGCCGCUCGCUACCGCCCCCCGCUCCGUGGUGACCGCGGUGCCGGUGGCGUACACGGAGGUGUCGGGACGCGGAGACCGGCCGCCCCUGGUGAUGCUCCACGGGCUCUUCGGCAACCGCGGCAACUUCCAGACGGCGGCCAAGGCGCUGGUGCGCGGCGGCAGCGGCAAGGUGCUCGCGCUGGACGCCCGGAACCACGGCAGCAGCCCCCACAGCCCGCUGAUGAGCUACGAAGCGAUGAGCGUGGAUGUGCAGCAGCUCCUGACCCACCUGGGCAUCACCAAGUGCAUCCUCCUGGGCCACAGCAUGGGGGGCAAGACGGCCAUGACGCUGGCCUUGCAGCGGCCAGACCUGGUGGAGCGCCUCAUCUCUGUGGACAUUAGUCCUGUCACAACCGCACCUGUCUCCGAAUUCUCUGCCUACAUCUCAGCCAUGAAGACAGUGAAGAUCCCGGAGGGUCUGUCCCGUUCUGCAGCCCGCCAGCUGGCUGACGAUCAGCUGCGACCAGUGGUGCAGCUCCCGCAGCUGAGGCAGUUCCUGCUCACCAACCUGGUGGAGGUGGAGGGCCGCUAUGUCUGGCGGGUGAACCUGGAGGCCAUUUCCCACCACCUGGCAGAUAUCAUGAACUUCCCCGCCUUCCACAAGCCAUAUCCUGGCCCUGCACUCUUCUUGGGAGGAUCCAACUCACCCUAUAUCAGCUCCAAAGACUAUCCGGAGAUCCAGCGCCUCUUCCCCAGGGCUGAUGUCAAGUACAUCGAAGGUGCGGGCCACAUAGUCCAUCAGGAUAAAUUCGAGGAAUUCAUCACUGCUGUCCUCAACUUCCUGCCACCUCCAUAGCGCUGGGGACCUGGGGUUCUGCACGCACCACGUGGGACCCGGGGAGCUCCGGGCACUGGGGCAGGACUCUGUGAGAGGGGCUCAGCCUGGACUGAUUAGGCUGGAUCCUGCCUGCAAGGGCUUCUCCCAGCCUGGCUUGCCUGGAUCCAGAGUGGAGAGGCACCUCCAUCCCGCAUAGCUCUCCUGCCACCUCGCAGGGUGGCACCGGCCCUGGCACUGCCCUUCCUGCGCAGCCUGUCCCACCUGUGCUGGGGCUUUGGGAGGGGACAGGAGAGCCCUCUCGUUCUUCUGCCAGACCACCUGGCUGUGGAUCUGGCUGUGACUUUGCCAAAUGUGCAAUAAAGCUGAAUCCAUGCCAA